AUGGAUACAAUUCUGUUCUUUAGUCUAAUUCUUGCAGCUUAUGAUGCCAAUCAGAAAGAACUCAAAGGCAGUAGCUGUCACAUAGAGCAGUCUCCUGGACCAUUCCCAAGGGACACUAGAGGCAUCAAAGUGCUGCUGAUACAAGAAGCCCAGGGAGAAAUCAAAAGGGAAGCACCAAGCCAAAACCAGACAGUGGCCUCCCUUCAAUGCCUUGGCUCCGGGAGCAAAGUGACAGUAGAUCUUCGGGACCCAGAGAAAAGGCCAAAGGCCAGGUACACCCUGGAAAGCCUGAGUGUCAUCACUGCCCCACUCCAGGACAGCCUCACUGGGCCGCGCUGCUACUUAUCUACAGCACCCAAAUUGUGGUCCCAGGACGGACUCCAUCUUACAGUCCAAGUGCUCUUACCUAAUAUCUCCAACUGUAAGUUCUACCCCCUGAUUGAGGCUUCAUCAGAAGGACUAUCUACAACCACUAUCAUCACUACCAUUGCAGAGGACAGAGAAGAGGAGAAGCCACCUAUUACUGACACAGAUGAGGACCUACUUCUGAGGAAGAAAUGGAGCAUUGUGGUCAAGGCCCUGAUUGCUGUCACCCUGUUGAUCAGUGGAAUAGCAAUAACAGUGUUUGUCAUUUUUGAAGUCCCUUGCCCACGUGAAUGUCCUGGAGCAAGGAACUUGUGCCAUUGUCAACUGUGGAGAAGAGAGAAGGUAGAUGGUAUCAGGGGAGAGCCCCAACCUGGGGCAACUGACAGCGCAAUAACAGGAAAGCCUGAGAAGGUUGGACCCAGAAGUACAGAAGCUCCCAACUCAUCUUCUCCCAAAAUGGCAUCUGACAUCUUUGUUAUUUACCAGACAUACUUCUGAAAAACUCUUUUUCUAGGCACAGACAGAUUACUGUUUCACAUUGCCUUGUACACUGACCAUCAGUGGUCAAUUUUGUGUUCUAUAUUCCUAUUCUGUCUUCACCCCACCAUUCACAAGAGAUAGCUGUUUCUUCUAUAGCAUAUGCACUGCCAGCUGAUAUUAAA